AUGUUCUCCUCCUUGGGACGCUUUCGUGCAACUCCUUGUCCUCGACAGCAUGAUUGCGACCUUCCUAUUUGCAUCUUCUCACACAGCCUUCAAGCCCGUACUUCCGAUGCAGGCGAGACGCUCGUGGUGGCGCAAGAAUAUGACCCUCUCAGUGCUGGAGAUGUGUCGCCCCCACCUUCGAAGCGGAGGCGGCUGGGAUCCCCUCCGAGAGAUGUACAGCGUGUAGAUGUCGUGAAAGCGAAGAGCCGCCGUCUUGGACCUCCCGCAUCAUUAGCGCCCGAAAGACAAUCACCCCCAACGGUAAAGCCGACGGCCAUUUCUACAGAGCAUGAGGGAACUUUGAAGGGAGGUCCCCGUACCGCGUCCCAAACAUCCGCCGACCAAAAAAUAGCUUCCUUGACCAGAACAGUCUCCCCACCACCGUCGAAGAGGACGGAAGAGGUAUCACAACCAACUAAGAAGAAGAACCCGCCAAACCUGGAGACACUGACACCGCGCAACGUGAUCAAGGCACCAGCCCAGCUCAAAACCAGGUUGACGGUACUACAGAAACUGCACGAGCAAAUGAAAGCCCAGAACAGCAAGCUUGCCAGCUCGGACGCCAAAUGGAAACCGCUCGUUCUGGAUGAGCAGGAGUUGAUCACGUUCGCGCUCGACGAGGAAGAAGCAGCCACGAAACUGGAAGGCGACAUCUACAGAAAUGCCGUUUCCCAGACCAUUAUGAGAAUCAAGAAGAUGACCACUGAAGAAUGGGUCAAGAGAAUUCUCGAAUGGACAGGUCCCGCCAAGGUGCAACAGAAGGCAGCGGCCAACCCUAGCGCCGACUUGACUUCGAUAGGCCUUUCUUCCUCGAAUCAGCAGAUCGCCGUGCUCAGGCAUCUGCGGACACCCUUGGAGGGCCUGGAAAAGUAUGGAUAUGUCACCACGCAGCCCUCUGCCAUGGAGAUUGCCACGGCCAGGGCAGGCGUCGCAGCAGCCAAAGGAUACGAAACAUGCGACAGAUGCGGUACCCGGUUCCAGGUCUUCCCCGGGCGCGAUGACAGCGGACGCUUGACCAGCGGAGGAAAAUGUCGGUACCACUGGGCCCGAGCAAACCGUCAAGGUCGAUCAGAGGGAACCCACCCGUGCUGCAACAAGCCCGAAGGCAGUGAAGGCUGCUCGGAAGGCGAGACGCACGUGUUCGGGGUCAAAGACCCCAAGCGCCUUGCCAGUAUCCUGCAGUUUGAACACACACCCGCCAAACCCGGCGUUCGACCGUUGCACCCAGUAUCCUUCGACUGUGAGAUGGGCUACACGACGCUGGGGAUGGAAGUCAUUCGCGUGACCGCAGUUUCGUGGCCAGACGGAAGACUCCUCCUCGACGUCUUUGUACGCACGUACGGCGAGCUUCUCGAUCUGAACACCCGCUUCUCCGGCGUGACCAAGGAGACAUAUGUGUCGGCGAAGACCUACGACACACCCUUCGUCGAAGGAGGUGAGCUCCGUAAAGUGGACUCCCCAGCUUCGGCUCGACAGCUGCUUCUUGACCUCAUCAGCUCCGAGACACCCCUGAUUGGGCACGCGAUCGAGAACGACCUCAACGUCCUGCGCAUCAUACACCCCUUUGUGAUCGAUACGGUGCUGCUUUACCCGCACCCGCGCGGUCUGCCCGUCCGGUUCGGCCUGAAGAUUCUCAGCCAGAAGUAUCUCUCGCGCGGGAUCCAGACGGCAGGCGAGGCGGGCCAUGAUUCCAAGGAAGACGCAGUGGCGACCGGCGAUCUCGUGACCAAGAAGGUCGCAGACCAGUGGAAGUUGAUGCAGCUCCAGGGUUGGCGGUUUGUCGAAGGGAUCCUGACGAGCGCAGAUGAAGUGGCCAGCUUUGAUGGAGGUCAUUCGAUGCUCUGA